AUGUCUGCUGGUGAUAGAUACUCCCCACGCCUCUCCCCAGACGAUGUAGACGUACACACACACGAGAUAGGCAGCGACGUACGAGACGGGCGAGACGUGCGUGACAUGCGCGAUAUUCGCUCCAGAGACCGUUCGCGAGAGCGCCACGAGCGACGCCGCAGCCGCUAUGAGGGGUAUGAGAGAAGGGACUCGGCGCACACCCACUCUCACCGCCGUAGAAGAUCACGCUCACGGUCGCGGUCGCGGUCCCAUUCCCCGCACUCGCCCCGUCCACGCGCCCGCCCGCCACGCCAGACCCGCCCACGCUCACCCGAGAUACCGCUGUCGGAGAAUGUCGACAGUCUGGAAUCGGAGCAGCGCAGUGUGUUUGUAAACCAGCUCAGUACACGCACAACGAGCCACGACCUUCGCCGCUUCUUUCAGGAGAAGUUGGGUAGUCGCGGUGUGGUGGAUGCGCGGGUGGUGAGCGACAAGAACAGUCGCCGUAGCAAGGGCAUUGGGUACGUGGAGGUGCGCACUGCGAGCAUGAUCGAUAGUGCUCUCGAGCUCAGCGGGGAGCUGCUCAACGGGAUUCCUAUGAUAGUCACCCAGAGCGAGGCAGACAAGAACAGGAUGGCGAGGGGUGGUGGUGGUGGUACGAACGCCAACGCGAGUUUGGCAGGCGAUGAGGGGAGACGCGCACGUGCACCUCCAAGCCACAACUCCAAACCAUCCUCACACGCCCACGCCAAUGACUCCUCCCUCUCUCCCGCUAACGACCCCGCCUUGUAUAAGGUCUUUGUGGGCAGUCUCAGCUAUGCACUGCGUGAGGAGGACGUUCACGGUGUCUUUGCCCCCUUUGGCGCGAUCGAGGAGGUAGAACUAGGCAAGGAUGGCGAAGGGCAAUCAAAAGGCUAUGCUUAUGUCAAGUACAGACGUAUGGAAGAUAGUCGCAUGGCGUGCGAGCAAAUGAACCGCUUCGAGCUGGCGGGGAGAUCUCUCAAAGUGCUGCUCGUUAAUCACUACGGCACUCCCGUUCGCAUGCCCGAACAAAGCAUUGAGAACGAGGGCCUUAAUCUCAACUCUAUCUCUCGGCACGAAUUGAUGAAGACACUCAUGCGCUCACAUGACCCAGCUGCCAGCGCACAGGAAGAGGAGGUGCGCGCGAGGCAGGAAGAGAUCGUCAGGCAGAGGGAGAAGGAGAGGUCAAUGAUGAAAACAGAUUGCGUACUACUCAAGUAUAUGUUCAAGAGCAGCGAAGAGACGGAGGCUGGUUGGGAGAAGGAGCUAGCUGAGGAUGUGGGUGAGGAGUGCGAGAGUAAAUAUGGAAAGGUGAGCAAGAUUGGUGUGGAUAGGAAUAGCGAGGAGGGAGAGAUAGUACUGCAAUUUGCGACGCUUGAAGGUGCACAGAAGGCAAUUAAUGGACUCAAUGGAAGAUGGUUUGGUGGGAGACAAGUGAAGGCAGUACCAAUAGCGGAUAGAUUCAUGGUGAGGAGAGUAUUGAUUAAGUAA